AUGCCUUACAGACUUAAAGAAACCUUACCUGAUCCUCAAACAUAUUGUAGUAUUCGUAUUGAAUGUGAAUUAUCGCCAAGAACACUUGAAUCAGCCACAGCUGCAUUACCUCGAAGUAUUUACGGUGUUAGUAUUAUUGAUGAAAACGAAAAGAAAGUGGUGGGCAUGGGGAGAAUUAUUGGAGACGAGUUUGCCUUUAUGUAUGUGGUUGAUCAAGGGUUGGGUAAAGUAAUCAUGACUGCCAUAAUGGACUAUGUAGACAAGCACGCCACGAAGGAUUGUGAUGUUGUAUUGCUUGCUGUGGGUAGUGCAAAGCAUUUAUAUGCCAAAUUUGGUUUUAAUGAUACUGCACCUCGAACAAUUGCCAUGCGAUAUCAAAGAGACGCACCUAAAGAUCAUAGAAUCUACUUUCGUUGAAGUAUAAUAAAUAAAGAAUGAUCUUUAC